AUGUCUUCAUCACAUCCAUCGACUUCCGGCACUGUGGUCGACAUUCCUCAGUGCCCAAAUGUUUCAGGUACAGGGGACACGAGUUUUGGUCAAGAGGCGGAUCCCAGUCUGCGGCAUAUCAUUGGUCUCCUUACACCUUUCAGUGGAGAGCAGAGCCUCAGUGUGGACCCAGGUUUGCUUUGGGGUCCUCAGGAUACAGAGCCUCCUAGUGAGAUAGAAAACCCUGUUUUGCGGGUCUAUAUCUCUGACAAAGAUAUAGUGAACGCAUAUUAUAUCUACAUCCAUCCAUAUUUAGCGUUGUUACCAGCUUCCGUAGGUCCACAGUAUGAGGACAGGCCGGAAGUCUUCCAGCCCUCGGCUGCGGAGGCCAGCACGGUGGAUAAGUCCUGUUUGCCUUAUUGGCCGACAACUUCACUAAGUUUAGCAUUAUCGGCAAUACUUUCCUUGAUUCCGCCUCCUCAGGACCCACAACCGUCAGGGGAAUGCCAUGUUUGGAUGCGACGUGCCUAUGCACGUCUCUAUGCGCAAGCCGCCCUCAGCAGUGCAGAAAAGGAGAUUGACGAUCUUGUGUCACGAAACAACGCAACUUCCUAUGCGGAAGACGCCCGUCUUCACACCGACCUCCCGUUUCAGCUUUAUCCAGUUCUGGCUCUCGUUGCUCUGAGUAUCUAUGAGUAUUGCCAAUGUGCUAAUGUAUCCCGGAUGCGCACCCGAGCGAACCAGGCCAUUACAACGGCUAUGGAUCUCGGCCUCCAUAGCUUGGACUCGAAUGCCUCAGAAGCACACCGACGAGCAUGGUGGUCCGCGAUUUCCAUACUGUAUCAUACUUCAGUCGUACAAGUAUCAUCACCCAUCAUUACUGCAAAUGAUGCUAGGAUAACUACUCCAUACCCCGAAUUUAAAGCGUUCUUAGAUGGUCCAGAGCCAUGGCCGCUUUUGCUUAAAGCUCAGGAAGCUUACAUCUCGGUCUCCGACAUUCUAGGGGCCUUGGGCCUAGUGUAUAAAGCUUCUACACAAUCAAUUGACUUGCGCGAUCAGAUACAUCAACUCGACUCGCGUAUAAUGUCACUGGCGACAGAGUCCGAGUUCUACAUGGGUCUAACAUGUAAGGACGAUGCCGAAGGGCUUGCCAUGCAGGGUAUGGGACUGAUCGCAUAUCUCUUGCUCCACUCAGCAUGGAUCAGACUCCAUCGGUUUAGAGCCUUCAUGGAUAUUCCGCUGUUUGUCGAAAAGCACUGCGACCUUACUGCUAUCAAUGACAAAGCUCCAUAUCCGGAAGUGUCGUUGAAUUUUGAAGCCGUAUUUCCGUUUACCGAGCAACAAUCCUCUGUCAGGUGCUUGAAGUCAUCCCUUGCCGUGGCUCGAGCAUUUAGAAACCUUCCCCGUCCACAACCAUCCCGGUCGACCGGGGGCUCAGGAAACGAUGACUCACCAACAGCCACCCAAAGCCUGGCUAUUCCUUCUGCAGUGCCACUUACCUUUUUUGGCGCGCGAUCUCCAAGUGCCUUGCCGUACUUUAAGUGUACGGCUAUGCAGGCUAGCUACUCAAUGUUUAUGUUAGUGCAUCGAAUACGGGCAGCUAUGGCCUCCAGCCGUCUUUCAGUCUGCUAUCCUCUGAUGGCGAGUCCAGAGCCUGCCACAGAAGUCCAAGAUGCUAGGAGGCUUAUUGAAGAGCUGCGACAUGCAAUUGAGUGCCUAAAGCAUUCUAUGGAGAGGGAUAUGGUAUUCGAAGGCAUUGCUGCCAUGUACCGUGGACUUACCGCUGUCUAUCUCUCAGUAUUCCCAAAUUGA